CGAAGCCGAAGCCAUUGCUGUCCGGAGGCCACCGCAGCAGCACGCAUGGGUACACAUGGGAGGCCUGCUCCCUCCUCCCCGUUGGGCACGGUUCUCUGCCCAGGACCUUUUGCGUGAACUGCUCUCAUCCUUCCUCCCUAUUUCUCACCUUUAGUGCGGAGGUGGUCACCAUCACAGAGUUGCACUGUUCUGCUGUCUUUGAUACACAGUUGGAUUCCAGUUUCCAGUUCCCUUUAUUGAGAAUGCGAAGCCGCGUCCUCCGAGGCUGCCUGCAGCUGUGUGAGCUGGUGUCUCCUGGGAGAACGUAGGGCUAUGGAGGAGCCAAUGGCUGUGCCCGGUCUCCCGUCCAGAAAUGCCCCCUUCUUGGGGAGUAUUCCAGAUUUCUUCCACACUCUGCUUUGACCAGCUAGCCAGGCUUCCUGAGUUCCUGGUUUUCCCUUCCUGCCUGGGUGUUUGUGGGAUGCCCAUCGAAGAUGCUACUUCAGAGCUUCUGCUCCUGAGUUGCCUCCAAGGAUCCUUUCCUCUGCCAUCCUUGAGACAUGUUCAAGCCGGAUCCACGCAGGACCUCACAGGUCCCCAGGAGGUGGUUCUCCUUCCUUCCAAAUACCAUACCCAUGCUCAGAACAUGGAUCUGUUUGCUUACCACAGCCUGGAGCCUCCAGCACCAUCCGGUAUUUCUUCUCAGGAGUCCGUGACGUUCCAGGAUGUCGCCGUGGACUUCACCGAGAAGGAGUGGCCCCUGCUGGACUCCUCCCAGAGGAGACUGUACAAGGACGUGAUGCUGGAGAACUAUAGCAACCUGACAUCCCUGGGGUACCAGGUUGGUAAGCCCAGUCUCAUCUCACAUUUGGAGCAGGAAGAGCCAAGGGCAGAGGAGCAAGGCAUUCAGCACGGAGCUUGUUCAGAUUGGGAGACUCCGUGGAAAGCCAAGUGGCCCAUUCUUAUGGAAGGCAUUUUCGGGAAGGAGGUCUCCAGUGGUGUGACAGCGGAACCCUCCGCUCUGGGGCAGCGAUCGGCCCAGUACGCCCAGCUGCUGGAGGCGCUCGCGCGGGCGCCCGCCUGCCGGGGCAGCCGCCGCCGCCCCCCACCCCCGGGCGCGGCGGGCAGGAAGAUGCACGCGUGCCAGCAGUGCCAGAAGGCCUUCACCACGAGCGCGUCGCUCACGCGCCACCGGCGCAUCCACACGGGCGAGAAGCCGUACGCGUGCGGCGACUGCGGCCGCGCCUUCAACGACCCGUCGGCGCUGCGCAGCCACGCGCGCACGCACCUGCCGGACAAGCCGUUCGCGUGCGGCCAGUGCGGCGGCGCCUUCCGCACGCUGCCGGCGCUGCGCGCCCACGCGCGCGUGCACACGGGCGAGCGGCCGUACCGCUGCGGCGAGUGCGGCAAGGCGUACGGCCGCAGCUGCCACCUGGUGGCGCACCGGCGCACGCACACGGGCGAGCGGCCGUACGCGUGCGCGCAGUGCGGCAAGGCCUUCCAGCACCCGUCGCACCUGAAGGAGCACGCGCGCAACCACACGGGCGAGAAGCCGUACGCGUGCGCGCAGUGCGGCCGCGCCUUCCGCUGGAAGUCCAACUUCAACCUGCACCGCAAGGGCCACGCGGCGCCCAAGACGUACGCGUGCAAGGAGUGCGGGCAGCCCUUCGCCGACCUGCCUUCGCGCCGCCGGCACGCGCGCCGCGCGCACGCCGCGGCCCCCAAGCCGGCCGAGUGCGCGCGCUGCGGCAAGGCCUUCCGCAACCAGUCGGUGCUGCGCACGCACAUGAACUCGCACACGGGCGAGCGGCCGUACGGCUGCGACGUGUGCGGCAAGGCGUUCGGCGCCAGCUCCAACCUCACGGCGCACCGCAAGAUCCACACGCGGGAGCGGCGCUACGAGUGCGCCGCGUGCGGCAAGGUGUUCGGCGACUACCUGUCGCGCCGGCGGCACGCGAGCGUGCACCUGGUCCGCCGGCGCGCCGAGUGCCGGCAGUGCGGCAAGGCCUUCCGCAACCAGUCCACGCUCAAGACGCACCUGCGCAGCCACACGGGCGAGAAGCCGUACGAGUGCGAGCACUGCGGCAAGGCCUUCAGCAUCGGCUCCAACCUCACCGUGCACCGCCGGAUCCACACGGGCGAGAAGCCCUACGAGUGCCUGGCGUGCGGCAAGGCCUUCAGCGACCACUCGUCCCUGCGCAGCCACGCCAAGACGCACCGCGGCGGCGAGAAGCUCUUCGCCUCGGCGGCGUGCAGGAGGCUGCAGUGAGCGCUGGCCUCACCCGAGGACGCGCGCGUGCCGAGGGGGGUGCGGGGGAGUGGGCGAGGAAGGCGGGAGUCGCCCGAGAGCCCUCCCCUGCCGAGCGCACCGUGCACGGACCAAAGACGGCUUGGCUGUCGUCAUCGUGAGCAUGCACGCGUGGUGGGGGUGAGGAAGGCGGGAGUCACCCGAGAGCCCCCGACUUGGCUUCGUCAUUGUGAGCACGCGCGCGUGGAGAGGGUGAGGAAGGCAGAGAGGCCACCCUGCAGAGUGCACAAUGCCCGCACAGCGUGCAGGGACAUCGGGAAACUCAGCGUGUGCGUGGGCGGAGAAGACCUGGCUGUCAUCAUCGUGAGCACGCACGCGUGGAGAGGGGGAGGAAGGCAGAGAGGCCACCCUGCAGAGUGCACAAUGCCCGCACAGCGUGCAGGGACAUCGGGAAACUCAGCAUGUGCGUGGGCGGAGAAGACGAGCUGCCUGUCAUCAUCGUGAGCACGCACGCGUGGAGAGGGGGAGGAAGGCAGAGAGGCCACCCUGCAGACUGCACAAUGCACGCACAGCGUGCAGGGACAUCAGGAAAGGCAGCCUGUGCACGGGCGGAGGAGACGAUUUGGCUGUCAUCAUUGUGGGCACGCACACGUGGUGGGAGGGAGGAAGGCAGAAGUCAUCCUAGAGCCCACCCCGCAGAGCACGCACAGUGCACGGGACGUCGGGAGAUUCAGCCUGUGCGUGAACAGAGAAGACGACGACUUGGCUUUCAUCACUGUGGGAUAUCUGGAGGAUUCAUGCUGUUGGGGGGGGGGGGAAUUGCAUCUGGGAUGGGAAGUGUUCCACAUACAUCAGGCUUCCAAACACACAGAACUUAAAAGAGAGAAACCCCAGCUUAGCAUUUAAUGUUAAAAAUUACUUCAGGCCUGGGGAAAUGGUUUAGCUGUUAAGGCGUUUGCCUGCGAAGCCAAAAGACCCUGGUUCUAUUCCCCAGGACCCACC